GCACGUUGACGCGGGGGUUUUCUCUGGUCGGCCCCGUAAACCCUUCCCGGGUCUGUGAAACUGCGCCUUUGGCCUCGCUGUGCCUGCGCGAGGAGCGCAGUAUUCCGCUCGCUGGGCGGCGCGGUUAUUGGCCUUGGUUCUCGGACUGACCGCCCUUACCUCCCUCCCGGCCUCUCCUCCGGGCCCAUCCUCGUCAGGGGCGCGUCGGAGCGACGGCGGCCCCCCAGACUCGGCCCAGGACAACUAGCGGCCCAUCUCCGCUCCGGGCUCGGAUGGGAGGUGGCGGGAGGAGCGGCCUGGGAUGUUCAGUCUGAUGGCCAACUGCUGCAGCUGGUUCAAGCGGUGGCGGGAGCCCGUCAGGGACAGCAUGAAGAUAAAUGAUAGGGUAAAAUAGCUUUGAACUAUCAAGACACGCCAUAUAAAUUCAAAGCGUUGGUAUUGCAGGGUUUGGGAAAAGCUGAGAGCAUUUAUUUCUGAGAAAGGUGACUCUUGUGAUGGUGGGACUUGAUAAUGCUGGUAAAACGGCAACAGCAAAGGGAAUCCAAGGAGAGUAUCCUGAAGAUGUAGCACCUACCGUUGGAUUUUCCAAAAUUGACCUUAGACAAGGAAAGUUUGAAGUCACCAUCUUUGACUUGGGAGGUGGAAAAAGAAUUCGGGGAAUCUGGAAGAAUUACUAUGCUGAAUCUUACGGAGUAAUAUUUGUUGUGGAUUCGAGUGAUGAAGAGAGAAUGGAAGAGACAAAAGAGACAAUGUCAGAAGUGAUAAGACAUCCUAGGAUAUCGGGAAAGCCUAUAUUGGUGUUGGCAAAUAAACAAGAUAAGGAAGGGGCUUUAGGAGAAGCUGAUGUGAUUGAAUGCCUGUCUCUGGAAAAACUGGUCAAUGAGCACAAGUGCUUAUGUCAAAUAGAACCUUGUUCAGCAGUCUUGGGAUAUGGAAAGAAAAUUGACAAGUCCAUUAAAAAAGGCCUUUAUUGGUUGCUACAUAUCAUUGCAAGAGACUUUGAUGCCUUAAAUGAGCGCAUCCAAAAAGACACAGCAGAACAACGUGCUCUUGAGGAACAAGAGAACCGAGAGCGGGCUGAGAGAGUACGAAAAUUACGAGAAGAAAGAGAACAAAGAGAGCGAGAGCAGGCUGAACUCGAUGGAACCAGUGGUCUGGCUGAGUUGGACCCAGAACCAAUUAUUGUUAAUCCUUUCCAGCCGAUAACAUCUGUAAUCAUUGAGAAUGAAAAAAAACUUGAAAGAGAGAAAAAGAGGCAAAAUGUGGAGGAAGACAGUGAUGGCUGUCCCCUGAAACAUAAAAUGGAGCAUGAGCAAAUAGAGACACAGAGCCAGAUCAGUGACAGUAGCCAAAAAAACAAUGGGUUUGGAAUAGUAGAAAAUUAUAAGGAGGCAUUAACACAGCAGUUGGAAAAUGAAGAUGAGACAGACCAGCAGUCAUCAGAAUCAGAUAACAGUAAAAAGAAAACUAAGAAGCUAAGAAUGAAAAGGAGCCACCGUGUAGAACCUGUUAAUACAGAUGACUCUGUUCCUAAGAGUCCAACGCCACCCCCACCUCCUCCUCCUGUUGGCUGGGGAACCCCCAAAGUCACUAGACUUCCAAAACUUGAGCCUCUUGGUGAAACACGUCAUAAUGACUUCUACGGGAAGCCACUGCCUCCCCUGGCUGUGCGACAGAGACCUAACAGUGACUCUCACGACGUCAUAUCAUAACCAGCUCAUAUGGACGCGCUCUGUUAAGGUCGGCAAGAUGAGCUGGAGGACCUUCUUUCUCAAAGGAGAAAAACCCUGAACAUCGAUGACUGGGGCAAGACAACCGUAGCAGUAUCAGUGAGCCAAAGACCUGACUGUUUUGAUAAUUACUUACCCAUGGUCUUCAUGGUUCAAAGAAAAAAAAGAAGCAAAAUGACCAGCAAAUGGGACAAGCAUUUGGACCAAGUUAGUAAAAAUUAGUGUUGACUCUGAUUUAUACAUCCCCACUCGUGGGCAUAUUCCUGAAGGAAAAGCUGUUCAGAAAAAGAGCCAAUGGACUCUGUACACUUUCUUUACUAUUUGUUUAAUAGUCUUUAUUUCUGUAUCUUAAACAUUUGUAAGAUAUAUGUGCAUGGAAAGGGAAUUCUUAGGAAUUUAUAACCUAAAUUUUUAACUUUUUAUAUUUUUCUAAAACUUUGGUUUAAGAAUUUUAAUUACUAAGAUAUUGACUGUGCACUUUUCUAUAGAU